GUAAAAAAAAAAAAAGGUAUCAGGACAGCCUGAAAUUUCAGGAUACAUUGCCUCCUACAUCUAAAAAUGAAAAGUAUUUUCCACGCAGGUAGCGUAACGCGAAGCUGUGCUGAAAGUUAUCGACCGGAAAUAACGACUAAAUUAAAGCACAUUUGAAGAAUUACGCAAUUGCAAGGUAAAUUGGUAGAUGAGGGUCAGUCGCGGGCCUGGUAGGCUACACAAGGCGGACCUUUCUCUGCUUGACCAGGCUGAGUCUGUUUAAUUGACAGUUUAUAGCUCUUGCAGAGCGGGGUAAAAGCGUCUUUGUUUUUAGCCUCCCACACCUAUAUGCCAGCAAACAGCGAAGAGGCAGUCCAUAGAUCUUAUCAUGAAGUUCUUGUGUGUACACGGCGACUACAGAGUGUGUGCUGACGACUGUUUCCGAGGAACCCGGAGGCCGCGAAACUCGCGGUCACACACGGAACCGCUAUAUAUUUUUACUUAAAGUGGAGGAAUUUGGCUACAAUGGUGGGCUUAUUCCGCUGCGUUGGGCGAAGUCAGUUGGCUUUCGGCACUAUUAGUUUGAUGUCGGGAAUCUUUGCUUUCUUUCCCGUGGUCAGCUACAAGCCGUGGUAUGUAGGAUGGAGCACCAAAAUUGCCGCUCCAGUUUGGACAGGAUUGCUGGCAGUCAUUGCUGGAACAUGUCUACUGGUGGCAAAUAGAGAACAAAAGAAAAAGUCAAUGUGGGAACUGUGCUACAUGUUUUCCAUCCUGUGUACCGUGACCUGCCCCAUGCAUUUUGCGGUUGCCGUGGCAUCCAUAAUGAUCGGGCCUCGCUGCUACUACUCGUUCUUUGGUGCCGUGGGGACCGAAUACCUGGGCCAUGCGGUGGAGUUCCCCUUCCCGUACCUGAGGUUCCCAGGCCUGUGCCUGGACCCGCUGCACUAUGAGUGGUACCACGUUGGCCUACAGGCAGCAGAUCUGCUCUGCAGCACUGCUAUCUUCAUCCUCUCCCUCACCAUUGUCAUUAUGCUGACCCUCAGGCUGCUCCACUCAGGGCAUGUUAAUAAAACCUAGCCUCCCAUUGCGGGCCAUUGCUAUCAGUCUGCUAGGGAAAGAUCUCCUCAUUGGGGCUGGACUGCCCAUAUUCAUGGAGGGGAAUUUCUGAUGCAAGAAAUAGCUGACAUUUGGAGAAAAUAAUCACUGGGAUACUGUAUGGAUGAUCUUGGAUGGUAUUUAAAAAUCUGAAAAUAAACUUGGUCUAAACAGAG